AUGGUAGCUGGAGAAAACGAUCCCAGUGAAUGUAAGAGCUGGCUCCUGAUGCAGAACAGGGACAAUGUAAUUCUAGUAACAAGGGACCCUCGUUUUGAAUCUUUAUGUGGAACGCUUGACACAGAUGGGUUCAGGAAGAGAUAUAAUUUCUUAUUUGAGGUUGAACUUCCAGCAGAAAGAGAGGUGAUUCAGAAGUCGAUGAAAAAGUCAAAUGAUCCAAAAGUCAUUGGAGAAUUAAAGAAUCACGUUGCUUGGAUUGAUAAACAACAAAGGUCAGGGUCAGCAAAAAGUGCCGACGCCAAGAUUCUAGCAGAGCAUAAGAAGAAAGAAAGAGAAGUGGCAAAGCAGGGAAAACAACCAUUUUAUCUUAAGAAAUCGCAAGUACAGGAAUGGAAAUUAAUUGACAAGUACAAUCAUCUCAAGGCAACGGGCAAGCUUGAGGACUUCAUUGAGAAGCGGAGAAGGAGAAAUGCUGCGAAGGACCACCGCCAUAUGCCCUAUCGUUGUGUACAUGACAGUGAAUAACUAUUACGGCUUCAAACGUUGCCUGUUUAACGAGUGCUUAAAUCUGCGUUCCUUUCCUUUCUUAGUGAUAAUGCAUCUGAUUUACUUCCCAAAAGCAAUAGAAAAG